AUGAGUCCAUGUCUCAAAACAACAGUCUCAAACAAUGUCAUCUUCUAUGGUAUGGACCAACGUCGUAAGGGGACAAGAGACUUUGUUCCAAACCCCGACCGGCCCAGCAGCCCGCGGCCCAUCCACCGUAGGAUCCCAGCGUCAGCGUCCCAGAGUGGCGUCCCACCAGGCACUGUCCCUGGAUCCUCAACUGGAAAGCCGCUGAGUCUGGAGAUGGACCAACGUCGGAAGUGGACAAGAGACUUUGUUCCAAACCCCGUUCGGCCCAGCAGCCCGCGGCCCAUCCACCGUAGGAUCCCAGCGUCAGCGUCCAAGAGGGGCUUCCCACCUGGCACUGUCCCUGGAUCCUCAGCUGGAAAGCCGCAGACUCUGGAGACCGACCAACGUCAUAAGGGGACAACAGACUUUGUUCCAAACCCCGACUGGCCCAGCAGCACGCGGCCCAUCCACCGUAGGAUCCCAGCGAUCCCAGCGUCAGCGUCCAAGAGGGGCUUCCCACCUGGCACUGACCCUGGAUCCUCAGCUGGAAAGCUGCAGGCUCUGGAGGCCGACCAACGUCGUAAGUGGACAAGAGACUUCGUUCCAAACCCCGUUCGGCCCAGCAGCCCGCGGCCCAUCCACCGUAGGAUCCCAGCGGCAGCGUCCCAGAGUGGCAUCCCACCUGGCACUGUCCCUGGAUCCUCAGCUGGAAAGCCGCAGGCUCUGGAGACCGACCAACGUCGUAAGGGGACAAGAGACUUUGUUCCAAACCCCGUUCGGCCCAGCAGCCCGCGGCCCAUCCACCGUAGGAUCCCAGCGUCAGCGUCCAAGAGGGGCUUCCCACCUGGCACUGACCCUGGAUCCUCAGCUGGAAAGCCGCAGACUCUGGAGACCGACCAACGUCGUAAGGGGACAAGAGACUUUGUUCCAAACCCCGUUUGGCCCAGCAGCCCGCAGCCCAUCCACCGUAGAAUCCCAGCGGCAGCGUCCCAGAGUGGCGUCCCACCUGGCACUGUCCCUGGCUUCUCAGCUGGAAAGCCGCUGAGUCUUCUGGAUAUGGCACUCAAUGCUCCUCAGCCGUUGUGGGACAGCCCAAAGCCGCAGUGGGUGAAAAACAUGGAGGUUUGUAUGGAAAGGAGAAAGGAGUUUGGCGGCUGGCACAAGAGUGCCACUCAGCCUGCAGGUAAGCCUGACUAUGGUUUCACUAAGCCCCGCCAAAAAACUCCUUAUGGCUCCCCACAUUUCUACAGCUUUUCGCCUUUUCCUUUGCACUGUUGCUCCCCCUGUGGCUCUGAGCCUGAUUCUCCAAGUGGCUCCCCACUUGGCUCUAACCCUGGCUCUUUAAGUGUAACCCCUUGUGGCACUAGCCCUGGCUUUCCAAAUGGCUCCCCGCGUGGCUCCAAGCCUGGUUUUUCAAGUGAAUCGCCACAUAGUUUUAACCCUGGCUCUCCAUGUGGCCCCCCUUGUGGCUCCAACUCUGACUCUCCAUGUGGCUCCCCACGUGGCUCCAACCCUGGAGUGCCAAGUGGCCCCCCUCGUGGCUCUGACCCUGGCUUUCCAAUUGGCUCCCCACAUGGCUCUAACCUUGUCUCUCCAUGUGCCCCCCCACAUGGCUCUGACCUUGGCUCUCCAAGUGCCUCCCCUUGUAUCUCUGACUCUAGCUCUUCACGUUGGUUCCCCUCUAUCUCUGACCCCGACUCUCCAUGUGGCUCUGCAAAAGGCUUGCCACAUGGCUCUAACCCUGUCUCUCCAUGUGCCUCCCCACGUGAAUAUGAGCCUAGUUCUCCAAGUGGCUCCCCACAUGGCUCCCUCCCUGGCUCUACAAAGGGCUCCCUACAUGGCUCUGACCCUGGCUCUCCUGUUGCCUCCAGUGAGCUUCCACUGUUAUGGAGCAACCCAGAGCUGAAGUGGGUGAAGAAAAUGACCCUUUUGAUAAGGAGGGGAAAACCAUUUGGCAGCAAGAGCACCCCUGAACCUGCAGGUAAGUCUGGUCCUGGCUCUGGCUCCCCACCUGGCUCUGAUUCUGGCUCUUCAAGUGGCUCCCAUUGUAGCUCAGACACUAAAUCUACCUUGAUUAAGGAGAAAUUCCGGACCUCUAGGCCGUCAGAUGAGCCUACCAAGAUCCCUCAAACAACGCUGAAGAGGGGGACCUACUCUGACCAACCUCAGGGACCCACUUCAACUUUGAAAGCAGGCCCCUCUAGAAGACCAUGUGCACCAAGUGCUCUUAUGCCGCAAUGGAGGGGCCCUGAGCCGAAGUGGGUGAAGAACAUUAGGGGUUUAAUAAACAUGAGAAACCAGGGCAGGGGGCGCAAGAGAGACGCUGCAGGUAAGUCUGCUGGUAAGUACUUUUGUGUCUAAAUUGAUUUUUAAUUCAGUUUUUCUGAUUUCAUUGUGCUAAAGCGUGUUAAAUGUACUGUAUUUGAAUAACUUUUCUUUAAUUCUUUUGAAUUUUUUAAAUUAAUUAAUUUAAACUGAUCUGAAUUUAUUUAAAUUAAAUGUAUUAAUUGCCUGGAAUUUAAAUACUUGGAAUUAAUUUGAAUUGCUGUGAAUUAUUUGAUAGAUGUUUUGUAUUUAUUUGAAUUGAAAGGAUUUCAUUUGAAUUGCAUUGAAUUUAUUUUCUUUGAAUGGAUUUCAAUUGGUUUGAAUUAUUUGAAGUAUUUAAGUUGAAUUCAUUUGAAUUUAACUGAUUUUUUCAUAGAAUUUAGUUGAAUUGCUUUGAAUUACAUCACUUUGAAUGGAAAUGCUUUACAUAGAUUUCAGUUGAUUAUAAUGUAAUUAAAGUAAAUUAUAGAAAAUAUAACUUGAUGAAAGGACAUGUUCUGGUAAGAUCC